AUGGCUACCGUCGCCCAUACUAUCUACUCACACUACUCUCCGCCAGACAAAGGACCAGAGAAAGACGUGCCUCCUGAUGGUGAACAAGUUGACCCCGCUCUGGCUUGGCAGAAAGAGGCAUCCAAAAUCUCUGGUCGGAGUCAUGUCCCGCCGCCUAACUUUGUGCCAGCUACCAUCUCCUAUGGCGACUGGGGAGGGCAACAAGCAGGCUCUUCAAAUCUUUCCUUCAGAGAUGACUCGCUUGGAGGCAAUCUAGCGGGUUGGUAUAGAUCUCUGACAAGUUCUCACUCUACCAGGGCAUCUCCCUCUUCCCUCGCAAAGGACGGCGACAUGCAUCCCUCAGUAUCCCUUUCUAUGAGUUCUACGACACCCUAUACAUCUUCAACCCUCAAGGGGGAGAGAAGCAACAAGAAUAAUUGGUUUAUCAUGAAAGCCAUACAAUCAGAGCUCCCCUCUUCCUCCAAUACCCCCCCUCCCACUCUUGCCGAUAUUCUCGCUCGCGAUCCACCACCAUUACCAUCAGAGGGCAAGUUCUACCCGCCUGUAUGGCUGGCUAUCGGCCCCUCCAAUAGAGGCUUCUCUAUGCUCCAGCAAGGCGGCUGGAAGGAAGGAGAACCCCUGGGUCCGGACGUAGUUCGCCGAAAGCCCAUGAAAGAGAUGAUACCAGAGGACGAUGUGAUUUCCUUCAAAGACAAGGGAAAGGGUAAAGCAAACACACGCAAUGUCCAGGAUCGUUGCAAGAUAGAGGAUUGUGAAGAUGUGAACGAAUCACGGAACGUAGAGGUGAUAGAUCUCACCUUGUCGGAUUUCGAUGACGACGACGAUGACGAUACGGACGUUAACCAAUACCAAAGAGAGGAAUCGUUGAUGACAUCUCUGAGCAAUCACCCCCCUACUGACGUUUCUGCUCAUGGGGGAAAGGCCCUCCUCACUCCGAUAGCUACCGUGCUGAAAUCCGAUCGAUUGGGCAUCGGCUUAAAAGCCAAAACCGCGGGUCCGUACAAAGCCUCGCAGAAGCGUGUUACACAUAAUGCUGAGGCGAUGGCUGCUCACGUCAAAGCAGCGGAAGAAGCCCGGAAGCGAAAGGAAACAUUCGGUCGUGGGCGUAGAGGGUUCAAGAGACAAAGAAAUAUGGAAGAGACGAAGAGGAAGGCCAUGCUGGCUUAUCUUAAUACCUAG